AUGUAUGCAUUGACUAUUAGUGGAGAGGAGGACCAGUACCUGAGUGUUCCGCCUGACCCAGGCAUCCGCACGAGUGAGGCUACCGCCCUAGGUGCUUGCGUGUCUGCUGCCCCAGGUACUGGUGAGGCUACUGCUCUAGGUGCGUGUGUGUCCGCCACCCCAGGUGCUACUGAGUCCACUGAGGCACUGCACACCUUCACUCUAGACUCAGGCGCUUCGCGCUGUUUCUUUCGUGACCGCACUGCUCUUGAGCCCCUUGCUCGACCAGUCGCUGUCUCGCUCGCUGACCCCUCUGGGGGUCCGGUCAUUGCGACCUCCUCCACCCUCCUUCCUUGUCCUGCUGUCCCGUCGGGCACACUGUCAGGUCUCCACCUCCCCUCGUUCUCUACGAACUUGGUGGCGGGUUGUGCGCUUCAGGAUGGGGGUGUUCACCAGUUCACCCCUGCCUACGAGCGUGUGACACACUGCACGUGUGCUCGGACGGGCCGUCACCUGGCUACCUUCACUCGGCAGCCGGGGUCGGACCUGUACACACUGGCCACUGAGUCCCCUCAGGUAGCGGCGUCUGCGUCUGCGUCUGCGUCAGGUCAGCUCUCUGCCCCCUGCUCGUGUCGCUCUCUAGCGCACAAGACUGUCCUCUGGCACCACCGACUUGGUCACCCAUCAGUGCAGCGCCUUCGGGGCAUGCACGCCCGGUACCUUGUCUCUGGUCUUCCUCGGGUACUCCCUCCCCUCCCACCCUCCCUUGCUCCUCCUUGUCUUCCCUGUGUCGAGGGGCGGCAGCGCGCUGCCCCUCACUCCUCCUCGUUCCCCCCGACGACUGCUCCUUUGCAGACGCUCCACAUGGACGUGUGGGGCCCAGCCCGCGUCCGUGGUCAGGGCCAGGAGAGGUACUUCUUGAUCGUCGUUGACGACUACUCGCGCUACACCACGGUCUUCCCCUUGCGCACCAAGGGUGAAGUCCCUGAUGUUCUGAUCCCCUGGAUCAGCAGAGCACGUCUUCAGCUGCGAGAGCGUUUUCGCUCGGGGUUUCCUGUUCUGCGCUUGCACUCUGACAGAGGUGGCGAGUUCUCCUCCGACCUCUUGGCAGCCUACUGUGCCGAGCAUGGCAUUCGCCAGUCGUUCACGCUCCCGGCCUCUCCACAGCAGAAUGGGGUUGCUGAGCGCCGCAUUGGCUUGGUCAUGGAGGUCGCUCGUACCUCCUUAGUCCACGCGGCUGCCCCCCACUUUCUGUGGCCGUUUGCGGUCCGGUACGCUGCGCAUCAGCUCAACCUCUGGCCCCGUGUCUCCGCUCCGGAGACCUCGCCCACACUGCUGUGGACGGGGGAGGUUGGCGAUGCGUCACGCUUCCGUGUCUGGGGAUCCCGAGCUUUUGUUCGCGACACGUCUGCGGACAAGCUCUCCUCCCGCACUGCUCCCUGUGUCUUUCUUGGCUUUGUCCCGGAUGCGUCUGGCUGGCAGUUUUACCACCCCGCCUCGCACCGAGUCUUCCCCUCUCAGGACGUCACUUUUGACGAGUCCGUGCCCUUCUACCGCCUCUUCCCCUACCGCACUGCCCCGCUCCCUCCCCCGCCUCUCUUCCUCGCGCCAGGUGCUGCAGUGGUAGACCCCCUUCCCCCUCAGGGUGCCGCUCCCUCAGGUGUCUCUCAGGUAGACCCGGUUGAGCCUGCCGAGGUAGCUGUCGACUCGCGUCCUGCUGGAGGUGCUGAGCCUGAGCGUGCGGAGCCUGAGCGUGCGGAGCCUGAGCGGGCGGAGCCUGGGGGUGCUGAGUCUGGGGGUGCUGAUCCUGGGGGUGCUGAGCCUGGGGGUGCUGGGUUUGGGGGUACUGAGCCUGGCGUUGCUGAGUCUAGGGGUACUGCGCCUGGAGUUGCUGAGCCUGGGGGUGCUGAGCCUGGUGGUGUUACAGUUGACUGUGAGGCGCCUGGAGGACCUCCCUCUUCGCAGCAGCUGCGUGAGUGGUACUCACGGUACUGCAGCCUCCGGCGGGGUGAGUCUCGGGCUCGUGGUACUGCUGGAGUUGGUACUCGUGCUUUCCCACCACGGCGGGAGCCGCCCUCUUCCCCUCAGCUUCGAGAGUGGUACGCUCGGCACAUCAGUCUCCGUAGUGGAGCUGCUGGUGCUGGGGUCCCCGGAGUUGACGCUGCUGCGAGUACUACGGCCCCUGGUGCUGGAGGUGCUGCUGCUGCUGGCGGUGCUGCUGGAGGUGCUGCUGCUGCUGGCGGUGCUGCUGGAGGUGCUGCUAGUACUGAGGACCCGGGCGUUGGAGCUGCUGUGGGUGCUACGGACCCUGGUGCUGGAGGUGCAGCUGCUACUGGCGGGGCUGCUGGAGGUACUGCUGCUGCUGGCGGUGCUGCUGGAGGUGCUGCUGGAGGUGCUGCGGACCCUGGUGCUGGAGGUGCUGCUGCUCUGGAGGUGCUGCUGCUGCCGCUGGUGUCUCUGCUGGUUCGAGAGCUGCUGCACGGCCACGACCGUACUUUGUUCCGCUCCUUCAGCAGGUUCUUGCCACAGUUACCGCCUGCCUCACCACUCCCUGUGCCUGCUCCUUACACUGGUCCGACUGACGGUCUUGCUGAGAGACGUGAGCCUGCGUCACGUCCUGUGUCACCUGCGUCUCGUCGAGCGUCACCUGUUCGAGCUGCUACCACUGGUAGUCGUGUCCCGCGUGAGCGUCCUCCUGCUGUCCCAGGCACGCACCGGAUGGCGCUUCGUCAGUCCACUGCUCCGCAGCGUGUUGCUCUCCCGUUGCCUCCUGCGUCCUCUCUUCCUGCUCUUGCUGACCCGGAGUCAGACUCCCUUCGCGCUGCCAGUCCUACUGUCACACGUCUCCUGGCUACGGUUGUCACUGACCCUUCCUUUGAGUCCGCUGCUGCGUCUGCCCUAGUCACUGAGCUUGUCGACUUUGCAGCUGCGUGUCGUCUAGACUACGCAGCGAGUCUUGUUGCUGAGUCUGAGUCUGCCUGUCCUCCGUCCGUUGGGGGUGAGUGUGCUCUUGGCACGGACGUCCUUGAGGACAGGCAGGAGGAGUUUGGUUGCCUUGCCGCUGCUUUGCCCCAUCUCGUGUCCAUGCUUGUUGCCCCUGAGGGAGACCCGGAUGCACCAGACAUCCCGACCCCACGCUCUUACGCAGAGGCGAUGGCCGGUCCCUACUCCUCUCAGUGGCAGUCAGCCAUGGACACAGAGAUGGCUUCCUGGAAGUCCACAGGCACCUACGUCGACGAGGUUCCCCCACCUGGGGCGAACAUCGUCAGUGGCAUGUGGAUUUUCAGGGUGAAGCGGCCGCCGGGCUCUCCGCCUGUCUUCAAGGCGCGUUACGUUGCACGAGGCUUCAGUCAGCGAGAGGGAGUUGACUUCUUCCAGACCUUCUCCCCGACCCCGAAGAUGACCACUCUUCGGGUUCUGCUACACGUCGCCGCUCAGCGUGACUACGAGCUCCACUCUCUUGACUUCAGCACAGCUUUCUUGCAGGGCAGCCUGCACGAGGAGAUCUGGCUGCGCCGCCCACCUGGCUUCACUGGGUCGUUCCCUCGUGGCACCCAGUGGAGCCUCCGGCGGCCAGUCUACGGUCUCCGCCAGGCGCCGCGUGAGUGGCACGACACACUGAGGACUACACUUGCGGCUCUUGGGUUUGCUCCUUCUACUGCUGACCCGUCGCUGUUUCUGCGCACCGACACCUCGCUGCCGCCGUUCUACAUCCUCGUGUACGUCGACGACUUGGUCUUUGCCACUGCGGACACUGCCGCACUCGCCCACGUGAAGAGACACACGUGCACAGACCUGGGUGAACUGACAAGCUAUCUUGGCUUGCGGAUCACCCGGGACAGAGCACGCCGCACCAUUACCCUGACUCAGUCACACAUGGUGCAGCAGGUCCUUCAGCGCUUCGGCUUCACGUACUCCUCGCCUCAGUCCACUCCUCUGCCUACGGGUCACUCGCUCUCAGCUCUGCCUUCGGAUGAGUCCGUAGAGUCGAGUGGUCCGUAUCCAGAGCUUGUGGGCUGCCUCAUGUACCUGAUGACCUGCACUCGACCUGACCUAGCAUACCCUCUCAGCAUCUUAGCACGCUAUGUUGCUCCCGGCCGUCACCGGAAGGAGCACAUGGAUGCAGCUAAGAGGGUGUUGCGCUACUUGUGCAGUACGUCGGGCAUGGGGCUAGUGCUUGGAGGGCGAGACCGGCCUGUUCUCACUGGGCACUCAGACGCUUCUUGGGCAGACGACCAGGCUACUCAGCGGUCGUCUCAGGGUUACACCUUCAGUCUUGGCUCUGGCUCUGUCUCUUGGCGUUCUACUCGUUCUUCUUCUGUUCUCAGCUCCAGCUGUGAGGCUGAGAUCUACGCCACGGCCAUGGCUGCCCAGGAGCUUCGCUGGCUCACCUACCUGCUGACUGACCUUGGAGAGCAGCCUCGUUCUCCUCCAGUGCUGUACGUCGACAACAAGGCAACCAUUGCCUUGUGCCAGGAGCACAGACUGGAGCACAGGACGAAGCACAUUGCUCUGCGUUACUUUCUAGCUCGAGAGCUACAGCAGCGUGGUCAGCUUCUUCUGCGUUACGUGGCCACUGAGGCCAACACUGCUGAUGUGUUCACCAAGGCGCUUCCGCCUGUUGACCAUCAGCGUUUUUGCACUCUUCUAGGCCUUGUGCCGACUGUUUCUCACUUACUUACUUCUUGA